AUGCCGGCCCCGGCCGGCCUCCUGCGCGUCGCCGCCGCGCUGGCGCUGGCCGCGGGCGGAUGGACGGCGCGGACAGAGCCUUCUCUGCCGUACUCCAGCAGCGACAUCGUCCAUCCCAUCAAGGUCGACGAGAGCGGGUCGUUCCUCUCCUAUGACUUGUCCCACCGAGCGCUUCACCGAAGGUCCCCUUCCUCCAGGAGCAAGUUUCUCGCCUUCUAUGAGCUGCAUUACAAAGGGCAACCCCUGAAAUUCAACCUGAGCCUUAACAACAAGCUGCUGGCGCCCGGGUUCGUCAGCGAGCGGCGCUACGGGGGCAUCGCUAAUGCCAAGAUCCAGCCUCACGCGUACAACUCCUGCCACAUGAUCGGGGAGGUUCGGAGCCGGGCGCUGGCGGGAGGCCUGGCUGUGCUCAGCACGUGUGAUGGCCUGAAAGGUGUGUUUCAGCUCAUGAACGAGGACUAUUUCAUCGAACCAGUGUCUGACAGCUUUCAGGAGGAUGAAGCAGCGCAGCCCCACAGGAUAUACAAGCGCCAGGUGCCUGAGCACGGGGCAGAGCAAGGCAGGAGGCCACCAGCUCCAAGGGAAACCUGUGGUGUGCAAGGAUCUCAGGAAAGCCUGGAGAGGUCUGAGAAGCAGAGGGAAAGAUGGGAACUGAAGCAGCACAGGAGGAGAAGAAUAAAGCAGCGCUCCAUUAGCAAGGAGAAGUGGGUGGAAACACUGGUGGUGGCAGACACCAAAAUGAUCGAAUACCAUGGGAGUGAGAACAUAGAGAAGUACGUGCUGACUGUGAUGAACAUGGUGGCAGGGCUGUUCCACCACGCCAGCAUUGGCAACCCCAUCAACAUUGCCAUCGUGAGACUCAUCCUGCUGGAGGACGAGGAGGAGGAUCUGAAAAUCUCCCACCACGCAGACAACACCUUGAAAAGCUUCUGCAAAUGGCAGAAGAGCAUCAACGUUAAAGGAGAUUCCCAUCCCCUGCACCACGACGUGGCAGUGCUGCUCACCAGGAAGGACAUCUGCGCAGCGAUGAACAGACCCUGCGAGACCCUGGGGCUGUCCCACGUGGCAGGGAUGUGCCAGCCCCACCGCAGCUGCAACAUCAACGAGGACACGGGGCUGCCCCUGGCCUUCACCGUGGCACAUGAGCUCGGACACAGUUUUGGGAUUCAGCAUGAUGGAAGCAGCAAUGACUGUGAGCCAGUUGGGAAAAGACCUUUCAUCAUGUCUCCACAGCUCCUGUAUGACACGUCCCCACUCACCUGGUCCCGCUGCAGCCGGGAGUACAUCACACGAUUCCUCGACCGGGGCUGGGGGCUGUGCCUGGAUGACCCCCCUGCCCGGGAGGUGCUGGAUUACCCCUUGGUGCCCCCGGGUGUCCUGUACGACGUGGCCCACCAGUGCCGGCUGCAGUACGGCGCCUACUCCACCUUCUGCGACGACAUGGACAGUGUCUGCAACACGCUGUGGUGCACGGUGGGGAACACGUGCCACUCCAAGCUGGACGCUGCUGUGGAUGGCACGGCGUGCGGGGAGAACAAGUGGUGCUUCAAUGGCGAGUGCGUGGCCGUGGGCUACCGGCCCGAGGCGAUCGAUGGCAGCUGGGGCUCGUGGGGCUCGUGGGCCGCGUGCUCGCGCAGCUGCGGCGCCGGCGUGCAGAGCGCGGAGAGGCACUGCAGCAGCCCCACGCCCAAGUACGGGGGCAGGUACUGCCUGGGGGAGCGGAAGCGGUUCCGGAUUUGCAACGUGAGGCUGUGUCCCCCCGACAAGCCGUCCUUCCGCCAGGUCCAGUGCAGCCACUUCAACCCCAUGCUCUACAAAGGGAAGCUCUACAAGUGGACACCAGUGCCCAACAACAUUAACCCCUGCGAGCUGCACUGCCGGCCGGAGGACGAGUACUUUGCAGAGAAGCUGCGGGACGCCGUCAUCGACGGGACGCCGUGCUACGAGCUCAACGCCAGCCGGGACAUGUGCAUCAACGGCAUCUGCAAGAACGUGGGCUGCGACUACGAGAUCGACUCCAACGCGGUGGAGGAUCGGUGCGGCGUCUGCCACGGGGACGGCUCCACCUGCCACACCGUCAGGAAGACCUUUGAGGACAGCGAGGGGCUGGGUUACGUUGACAUCGGGAUGAUCCCCGUGGGAGCCCGGGAGAUCCGCAUCGAGGAAGUGGCAGAAGCUGGGAAUUUUCUGGCCCUGCGGAGCGAGGACCCAGAGAAGUAUUUCCUGAACGGUGGCUGGACCAUCCAGUGGAACGGGGACUACAGGGUGGCAGGGACCACCUUCACCUACAAGAGGACGGGGAACUGGGAGAACCUCACCUCCCCAGGGCCCACUGUGGAGCCCGUGUGGAUUCAGCUGCUGUUCCAAGAGACCAACCCCGGCGUGCGGUACCAGUACACCGUGCAGCGCCCGGCCGACAGCCACAACGACAUCCAGCCCGCCCAGUUCCUCUGGCGCUUCGGCUCCUGGACCAGCUGCACGGCCACGUGCGGCACCGGGGUGCAGCGGCAGGCGGUGCACUGCGUGGAGGAGCUGUCGGGCAUGGUGGAGGAGCGGCACUGCGACGCGCUGACGCGCCCCGACGACCGCCAGAGGCCGUGCAGCGAGGAGCCCUGCCCGGCCAGGUGGUGGGUCGGCGAGUGGCAGAAGUGCUCAGCCACCUGCGGUCCCUCAGGGCUGAUGAAGAGGACGGUGCUGUGCAUCCAGAGCGUGGGGCUGGAUGAGCAGAGGGCGUUGCAGCAGGCAGACUGCCAGCACCUCUCCAAGCCAGAGGCCACCGCUCCCUGUCACCGAGACGUCCCCUGUCCGUCCCAGUGGGCCGUGGGGAUCUGGUCUGAGUGCUCAGCAACGUGUGGCAACGGGACCCAGAGGAGAGCUGUGUCCUGCAGCAACAGCACCGGGGCUGCCUGUGACCCCACAGAAAGACCCAACUCGGAAACUAUUUGCUCCUUGCCACAGUGCCAGGAGAAAAUGGACAACGCCAACACAGACUGGUCUGGCAGUGGGUCCUCCAGCAGAGAGGUGUUUAAUGAAAUCCAUUACAUCCCCAGCAACCACAUUGCUAAGUUGAACCCUUUGAUUCCCAACGUCCCCGAGUCCAACGACGUCAAUCUGAUCACGGAGGAAGGUUUCUCAGCCAGGAAGGGAAACGUCUUUGUGGACGAUUUUUACUAUGAUUACAAUUUUAUCAACUUCCAUGAGGAUCUGUCUUACUAUCCCUUCAUGGAGAAGGAGACCAAAGGGGAGGGGCAUCAGCCAGAGCUGAGCACCAACCAUGUGGAGGGGUCCCGUGAGAUGCCUGCUGAUGUCCUGCACACUGUCAAGCCAGGAGGAGGAACAAAUGCAGACCAUCUGGUGACCAGCGAAGCAGAUGCUUCUGCUCCUGGGCACAGCGAAGGAGAGAUGGAGCCUGGGGGUUUAGCCAUGAAUGACCUCCUGAGCAUGGUCCCCGAGGAUGCAGGGACAACCUCUCCCAAAUAUGCCAUCCCUGACUUCAUGGGUGAGGAGGAGGAUGUGAUGCUUGUGCCCCGCUCUGAGAACCACCAGCCCACCCAGGGCACGAGUCACAAUGCUGCAAACGGCCACAACCACCUGGAUGAACCCCAGGGAGCUGUGCCAACGACAACCAUUCCUGGGCAGGAUGCUCCAGCCCAUGGCCUUGGUCCCCAGGCUCCUUUCCUGGCCCAUCCCUCCCCACUGCUGCCCUCUGACACAGACGUGUUGGACAGCCUGGGAGAGACGGGGAGCAGCAGCCAGGGGGAGGCAGGGAACGCUGGCAUGGAAGAGCACGGAAGGGAGGAAGACCCAAGGGAAACGGGUCCUGUCAUCAGUGAUGGUGCUGACAGUGCUGCAUCCAAGGCCAAGGAGCAGGGAGGGUGGGCAGGAACGCCGGUGCUGGAGGGGACAGAGGCCACACACACAGCACCAGUGGCCAAGGAGCAAGCCCAUGGGACAGAGAGGACGAGUCCUUCCUUCCCCACCCCACAGGGACUGGGGUGGGAGAUGGGAAGGACUGCUGGCAGCACCCAUCCACCUGCAAGUCCUCAUCCUGUGAGUGCUGAUGGGGGUUCCAUAGGGCACACAGGGCACCAGCCAGAGCUCCGCACCCCCAUGACACUGACCUCAGCCCCCUUGGUGGCCACCACAGUCGUCCCACCAGCAGUGUCCUGGUCCCCUGCCAUGCCCGGGACAGCCACUCAGCUCUCCUCCAGCGGCCUCACUCAGCAGGAUGCCCUGGCACCAGGGGUACCCACAGCCCCAGCUCACAGCCCUCCUGCACACCCAGCACCCUCCGGGUUCCCCCCGGCGUGGGGGGCCAUGAGGGUGUCCCAGCGUCCGGAGCCGCCAUUGCCCCGUGCCCCACAGCCCUCCCGUGGGGUCAGUGCUGUGAGGGAGCACUUGCCAUGGGCAGCCCCAGGGACAGUGGCCUUCAGUGAUGGGGAGCAGGAGGUACCUCAGCCCAGCCCUGCCCCUCCACCUCUGUGGAAGGAGGAAGAGAUGGAGAAGGAGGCUUUGCUCCCGCCGUCCGGCAGCGUGGCAGCCACCGCAGUGCCCAGCUGGGAGGUCGGGAACUGGAGCGAGUGCUCGGUGACCUGCGGCGUGGGCGCGAUCUGGAGGAGCGUGCGCUGCAGCACCGGCAGCGACGGCGGCUGCGCCAUGGCCAACAAGCCCGUCCCAGCUCGGAGGUGUUCCCUCAGACCCUGCUCGUCCUGGCGUGUGGGCAACUGGAGCAAGUGCUCCAGGAGCUGCGGCGGGGGGGUGAAGGUUCGGGACGUGCAUUGUAUCGACACCAGAGAGCAGAGGCUGCUCCGGCCCUUCCACUGCCACGCCGUCCUCUACAAACCACCGGCACAGCUGCCCUGCCAGAGCACGCCGUGCCUGGCCUGGUACACGUCCUCCUGGAGAGAGUGCUCGGAGUCGUGCGGCGGCGGCGAGCAGCAGCGGCUGGUGACGUGCCCGGAGCUGGGCCGCUGCGAGGAGACGCUACGGCCCAACACCACCCGGCCCUGCAACACCCACCCCUGCACCACCUGGGUGGUGGGCUCCUGGGGAGAGUGCACAGCUCCCUGCGGCGGCGGCAUCCAGCGGCGACAGGUCAAGUGCAUCAACACCAAGACGGGGCUGGCCGAGGAGGACAGCAGCCUCUGCGACCAUGAGCCCUGGCCUGAGAGCACGCAGAAGUGCAACCCGCAGGACUGCGAGAGCUCCGAGGCGGGCCUCGUCUGCGAGCGCGACCGCCUGACCUUCGGCUUCUGCCAGACCCUGCGGCUCCUGGGCAGGUGCCACCUCGCCACCGUCCACCUGCAGUGCUGCAGGACCUGCGGCCAGCACGGGCAGCGCCGCGGGGACGAGCGGCUGUCCCGCAGGUGA